CGACACUAUCUCCCUCAUUCUCUUGCAAAAAGUUGCAACUGCAAACUCUACCUUCUUCUCUUACUCUUCCUUUUCGUCAAAUUAUGUCGACACUCUCUCGUUAUUCCCUUUUUCUUUCUCUUUCUGUAUCGAGCUUUGCAAAUAUAAGAUAACAGCAUCGGUCUUCGCUUUUAGCCGAUCGAUUACGUCUUUCACUCUCUCUGUUUCUGUUUUUGUAUUCAUAAAUAAAGAUUCUUGUUCGCUGAGAAAUCCCAUCAACAACCUUUUCACUAUUAUUUUUGUUCAUUUUCAUUAUUAAUACCCUUUCCAUUCUCUUCCCAUGUUAUUCAUCGAGGAACUUUGGGAGUUGCAGUUUUUCGAUUACUUUCGAUCAAAAACUCAGGUUUUCCUAGGGUUAUUUUUGCAGAGCAUCUCGGAUUCAAUGGUUACUGCCAACUGCAAAUCCGCUGACCUUGAAACCUGCCGUAACGAUGCGGCGGCGUUUACUCUCAAAUUCGUUGCAAUUGCUUCUAUUCUGAUCGCUGGAAUUGUCGGAGUCGCAAUUCCUCUUGUCGGCAAGCACCGUCGUUUUUUACGCACCGACGGCAGCCUCUUCGUCGCCGCUAAAGCUUUUGCCGCUGGUGUAAUUCUGGCCACCGGUUUCGUGCACAUGUUAUCCGGAGGUUCCAAGGCUUUGAAUGACUCGUGUUUGCCCGAAUACCCAUGGUCCAAGUUCCCGUUCGCCGGGUUUUUCGCCAUGGUGGCUGCUCUGCUGACGCUUCUUGUUGAUUUUAUGGGAACUCAGUAUUACGAGAGGAAACAGGGGCUGACCCGGACCACUGAGGAUCAGGGUCGGGUUGGAUCGGUUGAUGCUGUGUCGGAGUCGGGUAUUGUUCCGGUUGUGGAUAACAAGGAGCGGAAUGGGAAAGUGUUCGGUGAAGAGGAAGGUGGUGGCAUGCACAUUGUGGGGAUGCAUGCGCACGCGGCGCACCAUAGACAUAGCCACCCUCAUGGCCAGGACGCUUGUGAGGGACUCGUCAUCGUCAAGGAUCAAGCCCAUGGACACGGACACGGACACGGGCAAGGUCAUGGACACGGGCACUCGCACGGGUUUGGUGAUGGUGAUGAGGAGAAUGGUGUUCGGCACGUCGUCGUUUCGCAGGUGUUGGAACUUGGAAUCGUAUCACACUCGAUUAUUAUUGGGAUUUCACUUGGAGUUUCAAACAGUCCAUGUACAAUAAGACCUUUAAUUGCAGCAUUAUCAUUCCAUCAGUUCUUUGAAGGGUUUGCACUUGGGGGUUGUAUUUCCCAAGCUCAAUUCAACACUUCAUCAGCUGCACUAAUGGCAUGCUUUUUCGCCAUCACUACUCCAUUAGGUAUUGGGAUUGGUACUGGAAUUGCUUCAGUGUACAACCCCUAUAGCGCAGGUGCAUUGAUUGUCGAAGGUGUCUUAGAUUCCAUGUCGGCUGGAAUUCUAGUUUACAUGGCUUUAGUGGAUCUAAUUGCUGCUGAUUUUCUGAGUAAGAGGAUGAGCUGCAAUUUUAGGCUUCAAGUUGUUUCAUAUUUUAUGCUUUUCUUUGGAGCUGGAUUGAUGUCUUUGCUUGCAAUCUGGGCUUGAAGAUAUCAAAACGAUUUAUCUUUUAUGGUUUA